UUGAAUUCCUGCGUUACAGUUACUUUCUGUCGAAGGCCAUUUACAUCCCAAGGUCACCUGUGUAUUGUCGCGCACGUGUGGUUUUCAAAUGUUUCUUUUAAACAGAGGCUUAGAAUGUGGCCAAAAAACUAGUGUCUAUUAAUGAUUUGAUGUAUUUUUAUCUCUCUGAUGGUGCGCAAAUGUAAUUCAAUUAUGCAUAACAUAGUGUUUCGUUUCAUUUUAGCCAGGAAAUGAGAAUCGACGAUAUAAAAUUUAUUCUUUUUUGGACUAUGGUUAUGCAUCAAUACACGAUACAAUGUGAUGUCGCUUAUAUUACUUACUGUCCAUGUAUGGGUCGGCUUGGAAAUCAGAUAGAACAGUUCCUAGGUAUGAUUGCAUUUGCCAUUAGAGUCAACCGUACACUUGUCUUGCCUCCAUGGAAUAUUAUGUCGUCUCUAGAGGCUAAUUUCGUGCCUUUUGAAAACCUAUUUAACAUCACUACACUUUUAUCAGUUCACCAGUUUAUUUCACUGGAAAACUUCAUGUUGAAUAAAGCUCCUAUCAUCUGGCCAGCAACUAAACGUACAGCAAUAUGCUUUCGACCUAGACCUGGUCCUUUAUUUAAUGAUUGUAAUGCUAAAGAUGGAAAUCCUUUCAAAGAAUUUUGGGAUAGGUUUAAUAUCAGUUUUAUAAGCUCUAGUUUCUACUUUCCUUUAAGUACAGAUGAUUCUAAAGAAGAAUGGGAUCGGUUAUUUCCCUCAGAAACUUACCCAGUUCUUGCAUUUGUUGGACCACCUUCGUCUUUCCCUGUUCGUCCUGAAAACCGUGUAUUCCAUCGUUAUUUAGAAUGGAACAGUUAUAUUAAUGUAGUCACUGAGAAUUUUAUGCAUCGAUGGUUAGAUAAACCUGCAGUUGGAGUUCAUUUAAGAAAUGGAGGGGAUUUCUUAAAUGCUUGCUCACAUUUGAAACGUGGUCUACAUAACUUGUUCUCAAGCGCUCAGUGCCAUGGCGAUUUCAAUGAAUUUCCUCCUCAUAGAGUAACAGAAGAUAUGUGCAUCCCCUCAAAAGAAUUAAUUCUUCAAACAAUUUCAUUUGGUGUUCGUUUAGUUAAAGCGAAAAGCAUUUAUGUAUCAACUGAUAAUGAUCCUAUGUUAUCACUAAUUCGCAAUCACCUUAGUAAUACAACUGUAGAACACGUUGUGUGGAAACCUAAUCGAAGACCUGAAGAAGAUAUGGCAUUGUUAGGGCGAAUCGAUCUAGCAAUUCUCAAUUGUGUAUCAACUUACUCUGUUUCAGUGAAACGUGAACGAGAUGCGAAGAAUCUACCUAGUAUGUUUUUCGGAUUAACUAUUGAGAAUCAAAGAGGUUUGGAAGUAUUAUGCAAUUCUACGAAUGAAGCUACAAACUAUUGGUGAUCUAAACUCCACAGAAAAUAACUUCCUACUAUAUUUUAUUUUAUAUUUUACACUUUUUAAACUUCAUUGUUUGCUCGUUGAUAUUUUUAUCACUAUUAAACUUGCAUUUAAAUAAUAAAAUUUGGUGUAAUUUAUGUCGCGAGGUAAUAUUUGUGAGAAUGCACCUAGAUCAUGCAUUUUUAGUGAAGGCACCAAAUAAUCAUGUUACUUUAACCAAUUUUUGUCAAGA